AUGCUGCGCGUCCGGGGCGUGAACCAGCGCCUCACAUGGCCCUUCUCGGCGCGCCAGGCCAAGCAGCUCUUUACGCUCUACAAAAAGUCGCCGGCGUGCAUGAUUCCAGCGUGCGACCUCACGAUCAAGAACGACGUGGCGUGGGACGAGCUCCUCGAAGACGAUAUCUUCCCGCGCAUUGAAGAGGAGCUCGUGCCCGAAGGGCCGUUUGAGGCGAUUCUGUCCCACCUCCACAUUGACGGCAAUGGCACGACGGCCAAGCUCCUUCCGACGACGCGGGCGAAAGGCUCCUUUGGCACGCUCUGCAUCGUGCUGCUCUCGGAACACGUGGGCGGCGACAUCCACGUCACGCACGGCCGGCACACGCAAGAAGUGUACACGGGCGACGAGCUCUACGCGUCGUUUGUGGCCUUUUACAACGCGACGACACUCACGGUAUCACCAAUGGACCACGGCCGCCGCGUCAUGCUGGUCUACGAUCUGGUCUACAUGGAAGACCACGCGAGCCGUGACGCGCCGCCGUCGCUCGCCGCGGUCUCGGCGUCGCUGGCGUCGCUGGCCAAGAUCCCGCGCCAGUACUAUGCAAACCUCGCGUACCGCUGCACGCACCAAUACAUGCUCCUCGACUUCGAGAUGCUAUUGGGCGUCGACAUCGCGUUCGUGCAGGCCGUGGCCGACACGGAUGCCUACGACAUUGCCUUUUGUGGCGCGCGGAAGAAGCCCUUCCAUGGCGAUUUGCAGACCAUGUCGGAAGAAGAGCUCGCGCGCGACCGAGCGAUCGCCGAGGACCCGAACGCCCUCAUGCGCGUGACAACGUCCGACUUUUACCCAGCGUGUCACACGCCGCCGGUCGUCAAGGCGUGUCUCCGCGCGCGCCCGCUCGGUCCCGUCGUCGGUGCGAUCUACUCGGAGUCGCUCCACAUUGUCGUAUGGCCCAAGCAGCACCGCGUGCGCAUUCUCGGCUGGACCAAGGCCAUCGAGCACCUCAAGCUCCUCGUCAAGCAGGCGACGUCCGACCUCCUUGGGUACACGUCGGUCGACGCCUUUGCGCUCGCGACCAUCGAAAUGCUUGGGACCACCGACCGCAAGGAUGACCCCAAGGACGUAGAUGUCCCGAAUCCGCUCGACGUCCUGCCGCUCCUCCGUGCCCUCGACAGCCGCGAUGUCACGGCCACGUUCAUCGCCGAGUUUAUGGACUUGCGGCGCUGA